GUGGCUUUCGCACUGGCGGCGGCACCAGCUGGCUUCGACCAGAGCUUCCGAACCAAGUUUAGUCUCCUCUGUUCCGUUCUCCCUGUCUGACACUAACUGGAAUCUAUACUAGGAAAAAACCUAAAUCACUCACUCACUAUAUGUGUAUAUCGGAAAGCUAUAUCAUGGAAAUCAAUUACAACAUAGAAACGCAACAUAAUCAGUAAAAAAAAACUCUGACUGAAAGGACAAAGCAAAUGCGUAGCUUUGGGUUGUUUUAGUAGACCUAGUGGUGCUAAAAUUACUACUGUUCAUGUUCGUGUGUGUAAGUUUUUUACUUCUUACUAAUCACAAUCAACCAGUGUUUAAAGACAAAGGCUUUAACAGAUAGAAAAAUUUCACUAAAAAAUCGACGGGAUUCCGAAGCAGUGAAAAUAAUGUGAUUAUUCCAAGUGAGCUUGGUUUUUCGUAAGAAGUAUAUCAAAGUUGGCACUGAAAGCGGAAGUCACGCCUUCAGCAGUAUUUUGGUUGUUUGGUCGCCCAGAAAAGGAAGAAGGCUCGAAUUAGUACGGAAGAGAAGACCUUCUUAGUUUCCCUACCGGGAAUACUGGUUACCGUCAUUGUACACGGCAUAGGAUCGAUCGGAAGAGCAGGCGGAAUGUGGUUUCCACGGGCGGUGGACGAAUAAACAAAGGCAUGCGAAAGCGAAUAGUGAUGGCAUUCAGAACCCCUCGUUGAUCGCUAGAGCAAAAGCAUGAUUAUAUAACCAACCCACCAUCAAUGUGCUGCCGCUUGCUCUGCCACUGGAAACGAGGUGUUUCUAUUUCCUUCUGCUAGUACGAGCGGCCGGCCAAGUGGAAAGUGGUGAACUGUGAAGGCAUUCCCUGAAGCGAUCUCUGGAAUUGCCGAGGAAAAAAAAGAGCAUCACACAAUUGGUGGAAGACGAAGAGACCGAGCUGAAUCGCGGGACGCAUAAGGCGACGGAUACCGUUGUUAUGCUAGAUUGCUAAGUUUAUGCUGUGGUGCUAUAUGCAUAGAUAGGACGCCGCUUGCUGUGAGAUUGCUAAAUAUAGACAGGAAAAUCUACUGGCAGCGAGCCACCAAGGGAAAGGCAAAGUGCGCGCGGUCAAAUCGGCCGAUCAAAUUGCUCCUUGUGGCGUUCGGGUGAAGGCGGUUUUAUUUUUUCAAGAGUAAUUGCAAUUUGGCCCUAGAGCGGUGCUUUCGCAGUCUGCGAGAGAAAGGAAAAGCAAAAGAGCGAGACAGAAAAAAAACUCAAUGAAAAGCUCGGUUGUUCGAUUUGCGUCCGCAUACCGACGACAAACACAGAGAUCGGUCACCGAAUGGAUCACCGUGGGGGAGAGUCCGGAACUGCUGCGUUCGCUGCAUCUUUCCAAAGGUUGCUGGCUGGGCGAGCAGGUUUGCCAUCAUGCCGGCAUUGCUGAUGUUCAGCCCACUCGGGGACAACAAUAAUCGUCAUCGUCGUCGUCGCCGCCGCCAUUCCCGUGGCCAUCGUCGUCGUCUUUGCCGCCGCCGUCGCUGUGCCAUCGCCGUUGUUAUUGUUGUUGAUGUUUGUUCACGUUAUAUUGGUUGGGAGCUUUGGAAGCAUCUGUUUAUGUACAAAGAAAACAUUCAAGAACUAAAGAGAGAGAAAGAGGAGACAAGACAAUACAAGGAGCAAACCGAAGGAAGCACAUACCGUCAUGGGUAAUGGAAUGAACAAGGUUAUGCCGGGAUUGUACGUUGGCAAUUACCGGGACUCGAAAGACUAUCAACAGUUAGAUCGUUUUCAAAUCACGCACAUCGUCUCAAUACAUGAUAGUCCACGGCGUUUUCAUUCGGACAAGCACUACCUCUGUGUGAUGGCCGCCGAUACGCCGGACCAAAACCUGUCGCAGUACUUCUCGGUCUGCAAUGAUUUCAUCCACGCCGCCCGCCUCAAGGAUGGCAACGUGCUGAUCCACUGUCUGGCCGGAAUGUCCCGCUCGGUCACGGUCGCCGUUGCUUACAUUAUGUCCGUCACGCCGCUGAGCUGGAAGGAGGCUCUGAAGGUGGUGCGCGCCGGUCGUGCCAUUGCCAACCCAAACCUCGGCUUCCAGAAUCAGCUGCAGGAGUUCGAAACAAACAAGUUGUUGGAGGAACGAAAGCGCCUCAAAGAACGCUUUCCUAGUUUAGCUUUGGAAGAAAAUGAUAGAGAGCAAUGUUCUUUAGCUUUAGACAAUUUUGAAAUUUUGCUAGAAAAUAAGGGUGUUUGUGAAGGCCAGUGCAAGUUUGGUAAAGACUGUCCUACAGGAAUCUGCCGGUCGGAGUCGCGCGGUCUCCGCCGGAAGGCAAGCCCACCGUCGCCGAAAAAGCAAUACAAUCUGUCCUCGUCGCCAUCAACUUCGUCACAGCUGUCGGUGCGCAGUUCCACGGCCCCGCAGUCCUGCCCGUCGUCGCCACGCUUUUCGAAGGCUUCCGGCGGUGCGGGUGGGUCAAAAACUCCCAGUAAUCCUCGCUCGGCUGGUGAAUAUGCGGCCGAAAUCGACAUCGGAGAACUGGGCGAACUUCGGCGUAGCUCCAGCAUCGUCAGCACAUUCCGACCGCGGAGUAGUCCAGCAGGAUUAUAUUCGUACACAGGUUCAGCACCGCCUUCCAUCCACGGUUCCCGGGUCGAUUUGGCGGGUAGCGUCAAGAACACAGGAUCAGCCAUUUAUCUCGGAACUAGUAGUCCCCCUGGAGGAGCAUUUCCGGGCGUUAGCCGUCGCGUUAGUUUAAGAUCAACACCAAAAUCCACACCAAAGUCCACGCCGGACUCAUCACCGAAAGCUUCACCGAAGCGGACUCUUUCGGCGAAAGCACCAUCCAAGCCCCCGGCUAGUAACACUAACACUGGGAGCACUGCUAAGCUCGACCGUAUUGACACUAGUCCCUGUCCCAGUAGUAACGCCUCUCCAGCCAAGAAAAAUGGCAGCUCAAAAAUUACUACUACAACAGCAAACGCAAAACCAACCGUCACAUCCGUUUGUUCUUCUAUCACUAAUAGUAGCAGUAGUACCAGUAGCAGCACAAACGCUAUUGCGAAUACCACUAGCAUAACAGUAAGCACCAGCACCAAACCAACUGUCAAAACAUCCUCAUCGAAGCAAUCGGCGCCAUUGGUAGAGAAAAUUAGCACCGGAAAAAGCAGCAAAAAAUGACGUGCCGUAAAUCAUGAACCAUGAGUAAAUAGCUUUUGAACGCAUGUUUAAACCCGUUUAAACCAGCUUGAACCAAUCACACUUGUACACUCCCGUAGCCAGUAGACAGAAGAGAAAGUAAAACUUCAACCAUAAGAAAAGCAAAAAAGCGAAAAUCAAAUGUCGAUAUUUUGUCUAAAUGAAAAAAAAAAAAAUGAUGCAUUAUAUUUUACCCCACACUGCAAGUGGAACAAAUGCAAAACAAAAAAGAGAAAAAGUAUUUAAGCUUAGCAAAACCAUACAUAAAAUCAAGUGAUUGAAUGAUGCCACGCAUACGUGUUACAAAAAACGCUACUGAAACGCUAGCAGAACAAUAAGAAACAAGUUUAAGCAUAUGAUCAGUUGGUUAAGAUAUAGGAAAAAAAAUUGAAGUUGAUGAUGGGAAUAAAUGCAAGUGACACACAGACACACACUAUAUUGUAUAAUUUUGUGAACUUUUUAUUUUAUAUGAAAAACAAAAAGAGCAAAAAUAAAAAAAAAAUAUUGGAUUGGCUUGCAUGAUAUAAAGGGGAAGAGGAAUGCUGUUGGCGUUUGUUGGUUACUAAUAGCUACCGAAAGUCCCAUGGAAAUAGUCGUGUGUUGAAACAGGUCGAAAGUCGGAAUUGAAUAAUUAAAAUUCAAUGGUAGAAUAUCCGAAAACGUAAAAGAAUAGAAACAUCCUUAGCAAAUCUUUGGACAAUUAGAUGAAUAAAAAAAAUUAAUCAAACAAAAUUGAAACGUGUGAAACAGACAAAGACAUAGAAAGAAUAAAAAGCACCUGACAGGAAGUCAU